AUGCCCUCUUGGGGCCGUCAGGGCAUCGUCAAGGCCAGCAACCUUCUCAACACGCUCUCUCAUUGGAAAAUUGGUAAUGGUCGAUCGAUUCAUGUUUCGAAUCCAUCUUGGAUGCAUGGGGCUACGCCGGUGUUUCGGGACAACGUCCCGCUUUCUACCGCUCGCGACAUUCGCGUGGUGGACUUGAUUCAUGAGGGCCAAGGCCAAUGGAAUCUCCGGAAACUUUUCAGCAUGUUUGAGCCAAGUUCUGUUCGUCAAAUUAGGAGUAUUGAGCUUCCUCCCGCUCCGAACAUUUGCGACGAGCAAUAUUGGCCCUAUUGUAAAUCUGGCAACUACACCACCAAAACGGGGUAUGCAAUUUUACUCCAACAGCAAAAUGAAACAUGUAGCAUGAACUUUCCAGGGGAUAGAGAUUUUUUUCGAGUCCUAUGGGGAUCGAGCAUCAUGCCGAAAUGGAAACUCUUUAUUUGGAAAUUGUGGCAUAAUGGACUAGCAACGAAGCAAAACCUAUUCCGUCGUCAGAUCGGAAGCACAAGUGACUGCCCGAUCUGUCUACAUGAUUUUGAAGAUCUGAACCAUCUAUUUCGCUUUUGCCCCCUAGCAAUUGAGGCCUGGGCCAACCGUGACCUAGGGAUGGACCAAGAAAUAGGGGCGAACCUUCCGAUGCGGGAAUGGCUCCGUUCCUGGUUUUUAUUUUUCUUUAAAAAAGAUGGGUUCCAAGGGCAACGUCUUCCUAGGUUCGUGGGUACUUUGUGGUCGAUUUGGUUAUUACGGAAUGAGCAGGUUUUUAGACAGGUCAGACCAUCCAUGGCCUCCAUCUCUACCAGCCUUCGCAAGAGUGACGACCAACAUGAUUACUUUGCUAUUGACAGGGGGGGUCAACAUCGGGUUAUGAGGGAUCCAAUUUCUCCACCGGGAUUCUAUCAAGUGCAACUUGGGAAUCAAUCUUCCGGCGGCACGACGAUUCAGAUACAGCUGCAUGCAGUUUGGAACAAAGCUAACCUAACCAUGGGUAUGGGUUGGGCGAUUUGCACUGCGUCGGAUCAUCCUGGGCGGCAGUAUGGACGCUUCUCUUAUGCGUCAUCUGCCAUCGCUGCUUUAGUCAUGGCUUGUCUGAGAGCAGUGCAUUAG